AAUCGGCCGUUUGAAACUAAACGAUUUUGAUUCUAACCUUGUCCGUCUCGCCGCUAAACGUCUCAUUUUCGGCUUUAAUUGUUUUCCUUGUAGACUGAAAGUUGAAAUUUUAGUGGUGAAUAUGGGAGUGCCGAAGUUUUACCGAUGGAUUUCAGAGCGCUAUCCUUGUCUCAGUGAAGUGGUGAAGGAACAUAAGAUUCCAGAGUUUGACAAUCUGUAUCUGGACAUGAAUGGCAUCAUCCACCAGUGCUCUCACCCGAAUGAUGAAGAUGUCCACUUUCGGAUCUCAGAGGAAAAGAUUUUUGCUGAUAUCUUUCAUUACCUGGAGGUGCUCUUCAGGAUCAUCAAGCCACGCAAGGUCUUCUUCAUGGCUGUAGACGGCGUGGCGCCAAGGGCUAAGAUGAACCAGCAGCGAGGUCGAAGGUUCAGAUCCGCCAAAGAAGCAGAGGAUAAGAUAAAGAAAGCCUUGGAGAAAGGAGAGGUGCUUCCUACAGAAGCUCGCUUUGACUCCAACUGUAUCACACCUGGCACUGACUUCAUGGCGAGACUACAGGAGCAGCUCAAGUACUUUGUUCACAGCAAGCUCUCCACAGACAAGUUGUGGCAGAAUGUCAAAGUCUACUUGUCUGGUCACGAGACACCAGGCGAAGGAGAACACAAGAUCAUGGAGUUUAUUCGUUCAGAAAACGCCAAACCUAAUCAUGAUCCCAACACACGACACUGCCUGUAUGGCCUGGAUGCUGACCUGAUUAUGUUGGGUCUAACGAGCCACGAGCCAAAUUUCUCUCUGCUCAGAGAAGAAGUCCGAUUUGUGAAGAAAUCCCAAAAAAGGAUAACCGCUCCAGAGGAGACAACUUUUCACCUGCUUCACUUGUCUCUGAUGAGAGAGUACAUAGACUAUGAGUUCUCAGAGCUAAAAAGUCGCAUGGGUUCGGAUUAUGAUCUGGAGCGAAUAAUAGAUGACUGGAUUCUGAUGGGCUUCCUUGUAGGAAAUGAUUUCAUCCCUCACCUCCCUCACCUUCACAUUAAUCAUGAUGCUUUGCCUCUGCUGUACAAGACUUACAUCAGUGUGCUGCCAAGCCUGGGAGGUUAUCUGAAUGAGAACGGCCACUUAAACCUCAGAAACUUUGAGAAAUACAUGGAGAAACUUUCUGAGUUUGACCGGGAACAUUUCAGCGAGGUGUUUGUCGACUUGAAGUGGUUUGAGAGUAAAAUAGGUAACAAAUACCUGAACGAGUCAGCCGGUCUGGCUGCUGAAGAGGAGGCUGGCAGCAAAACAAGUCGGGACUCUGCCCUGACCUCAGUUGAAAAAGUGACAGGAGAUGGAAAAGGAGCGCUGGGAGGUGAUGAGGAAGAGGAGGAUGAUUUGUUUGAAACUGAGUUCAGACAGUACAAACGCACAUACUACAUGACUAAGAUGGGUGUGGAUGUGGUAUCUGAUGAGUUUCUAGCUGAGCAGGCCCAGUGCUACGUGGAAGGUAUCCAGUGGAUUCUUCACUACUAUUAUCAUGGAGUUCAGUCCUGGAGCUGGUACUACCCAUUCCACUAUGCUCCAUUUCUGUCUGACAUCAGAAAUGUGUCAGGAUUAGAGCUGACCUUUGACCUUGGGAAGCCCUUUAUGCCUUUCCAGCAGCUGUUGGCGGUCCUGCCGUCUGCCAGCCAGUCACUGCUGCCUGAUUGCUACAGGGACUUGAUGACCAGCACAAAUUCUUCCAUUAUUGAGUACUAUCCUGUCGAUUUCAAAACUGAUCUCAACGGCAAGCAGCAGGAGUGGGAAGCUGUGGUGCUCAUUCCUUUUAUAGACGAGAGGUGCCUGCUAGCAGCCAUGGAGCCCUUCAAUCAUAAGCUGACAAAGGAAGAGAAGGCCAGGAAUCAGCAUUCGGAGUGUGCCUUGUACUUGUAUGACCCAGACAUAGACUUCACAUACACCUCCUCCCUGCCUCAGCUGUUUCCCAACAUCUUCCACUGCCAUGUCAGGAAAGCAAACAUCCCCAUGGAUGCUUGGAAAGUUCACUCGGACCACGUCAGCAAACGUGCUGACCGCUCAGCCCUCUACUUCUGUGGCUUCCCCACUUUACAUCAUAUCAGACACAAGUUUUAUAAGAAGAAAAAUGGGGUGCUCAUCUUCCAGCAGAGUAGUAGAGGAGAGAACAUGAUACUGGAAAUUCUUCCCAGUCAGGAAGGAGAAACUAUCUGUGAUGAUGUUGCUGCACAAGUGUUGGGGAAGUCUGUGUUUGUCAACUGGCCCCAUCUAGAGGAAGCUCGCAUUGUUGCUGUUUCAGAUGGAGAAACCAAAUUUACUUUAGACGAACCUCCAGGAGUCCAGCGAGUGUACGACAGGCCGUCCACUCCUACUCCCACUAAAGUCUCCUUUUUGACUGACAAGGAGCAAAAAGACUGGGUGAAGGAUGUCCAGGGGAUCACUGAACAUUUCUUGAAGAGAAAAGGCAUCGUAGUGAAUGAGACCGACGUGCUUCUGUACGGCCAAAUGCUGACAGGACGAAAGUACAUCCCUAAAGCAAAUGGGGCGGUGGAACUGGAGAAACAGUGGGCCAAACAGGUUCUCCCAUUUGCAUACCAGACUGUGGUGAAGGACAUCAAGGCCUUUUACUCAUCUCUGACCAGCUUUAGGAGCCUCGACGAGCUCUUCCCUCCAGCAACCACAGUCUUCAUGGUGGGAACACCUUACUAUGGCUCUAUGGGAGAGGUUCAAGAUUCUCAAGAUGUCAUUAAAGACGGCCGGGUCAGAGUGGUGUUCAGUGUGCCUCAUGAGCCACAGCUGGAUCACCUAAUCCUCAAUCAAGAUAAAUACUCUGUCAGGUACUGUCCCAGCUACAACCUGGCUUCUCAUCUCGGCAUCAGCAGCUAUCUCGUCUCUCGCUUCUCGGGCAGCAUCUUUAUCGGCAGAGGGUCCAAAAGGAAUCCCUGUGGAGAGCAAAGGACUAACAUUGGUCUGAACCUGAAGUUCAACAAGAAGAAUGAGGAGGUUCCCGGGUACACCAAGAGAACUGAAAAAGAGUGGCUGUACUCUGCUGCUGUUGAAGAGCUGCUCGAUGAAUACCUGCACAGAUUUCCUGAAGUAUUUAACUCCGUGUCCAGAAACUCUCAUGAUGAUGUUUUUUAUGAGGAUGACAUCUGGCCCAGAGAGGAUCAGAACGGAGCAGAGAAGGUGGCUGAAAUCACCUCAUGGUUGAAAAGUCACCCAGUCAGCUACUCCAGCAGGGUGUCAUGUGACCUCCAGGUGCUAGAUGGUGUCCUCGUGGAGAAGAUCGAGGAAGCGGUGGAUCGGUCCAAGGUGAAGAAGAGCUCCAAGAAAGUCCGUGUGACGGUGAAGCCUCAUCUCCUCUUCAGGCCUCUGGAGCAGCAGCAGGGGGUGGUUGCAGACCCCGACGCACAGUAUCGUCUGUUUGACAGAGUCGUCAACAUCAGGGAGAGUUUCACGGUCCCGCUGGGACUCAGGGGGACAAUCAUUGGCAUAAAAGGAGCGGAGCGGGAAGCAGAAGUUUUGUAUGAAGUGCUGUUUGACGAGGAGUUUGUUGGCGGUCUUAACAUCAGGUGUGCAUCCUUUCGUGGUUACCGCGUCCCGCCCUGUGCUCUGAUCAACCUUUCCCACGGAGCUCGAAUCGAUCCCACAUUCCACAAACUCACCGCCGUCGUCAAACCCCAACCUGCCACCGGCAGCAGCUUUAACGCUCGUCAGCUGACAGGCCUCAACCACUCGCCACGCUCACCAUUUAUACCCAUGCAGCACAACAACAAGCAUGCUAUGGUGAAGGCUCAGGGCACCAGGAACUCUCCGUCUAAAGGUCCCAACCAGAAACAACAGACGAAGGCUAAGGAUGAGUACAGUGAUGUGUGGCAGUCGCUACAGAAGGCAGGCGCUCCCAACAAACCUCCUCCUCACUGGAACAGUAAUGAAGGACAUUUCCAACAGGGGAAGACACAAGUUAACAAAGAAGGUACAUCUGAUUUUGAAGACCUUAUUGCAAGUCUAACGAUCUCCAAGGAAAGCCAGCAAACCGUACCACCACCCGCACCCUCAAAGGAACCCAACAGCCAGACAGAUGGUCCAUUGUCUCCACAGUCCUUUGCCAUGAAGGGAACUAUGGUGCUGAAGGAGAUGCUUAAGAUUGACGGUGCUGGAAAAGAGUCCGAGUCAACAAACACGGCCCCUUUUACUGGCCAGCAGCAGAACAGAAGACGAUCAUCCAAGAAACUUGCUGCCCAAAUGAACGAGCCUCACAGUGAAGCCGUUCAAUCAGCCUGUCCAGCACCGGCUGCCUCUGCCACCUCUGCUCUGACCAGUAAAGUGUCGGAGUUGGCCCGUGUCUGUGUAGGGCUGGGUAUGACACCUCCUGACUUCAGCUUUGUGUGCAACAGGCAGGGUCUGGUGGUGUGUCAGGUGAAGCUGUCCAAUGGAUUAAUGGUCCAUGGUCCCCAGUGCCCGUCAGAAAGUGAUGCCAAGGAGCGAGCUGCUUUCUUUGCACUGCAAAGACUGACCUCAUUAGGGUCAGGAUUCCCCAUUCCACCUCCCCUCUACGCAGGAAUGGCUCAGAUACAACCCCCACCUUUAGGAGCCAUGACGCCCAUCUUCAACCAACAAGGUGGUAUGUUGUUCCCCCCCCAGCGUUACGGUCCUCCACCUAUUUGGGGAAUGACUCUGCCUCCCCACCACCCCUCGAACCAGCCGUUCUACGGAGCAGCAGGAACCUUCCCAGGCGCUGCUCGCCCUCAGCCUGCAGCGAAUCUGCCUGGUGGCUCACACAACCAGUUCGUCCCAUUACAGGUGACUAAGAAGCGUGUAUCAGCCAACAAAAAGCACCAAGAAACUCGAGAGUUUUACAGCGCAGCCGGAACUGUUGCCAAGAUCCAGUCCCAGAAGACCCAGGGCCAGAACUCGGGUCCAUUCCAAGCUCAGAGUGAACCACAGAGCAACAGCUUCAAUCAGCAGGAGCCCAACAACGGUCCUUCAUCGUCCAGUCCCAGUCUAGCAGACGGCACUUCCGCAGCAGCAGCUCACACACCGCCUCGACAAGGCGUGCCCGCAGCAGGCCACGCCCCUGGCUCCGCCUCUAAGAGGAAGCACCGGAAGUUGGCUGUUAACUUUGAGGCAGCUAAAGUGUCACAGUGAGCCGGGCGGUGCCUGUGUAUAAGUGUGUGUGAGUGUGUGUCGUGUUUUUCUUGGCUGCUGUUUUUUUAGCCUGACUCAGACUCUGAUAAAAAUCUCGUCAGUGUUUCUGAGAAGGAAGCAGUUACAGUCGAGUCAACAGAACGGGACUGUCCUUUUUUUAACCAAACACAAAAGUAACUUCUCCUACCAUCUCAGUUUAAUUCAGAGCGACGCCACUCUCACAUCAUCCACCAUCCCUGACUGAAGAAGUGCUGCGCUCCCUCUGAGAGGCUUUAGGAAGCUACGGUGUGUUUGUGUCCACAGGCUGCAGUGCAUUCUGGGAUGCUUGUUUUUCAUUCAUUCUCAGGUUGCUACUGAGGUCUGAUUCCUAAAUCCUUCAAAUCUAAACCCCAGUAAAGUCCAGCUCAGAUUUACAAGAUGCAUUUUAUAUGUUUUGCCUG